CUGAAAUAGAAGCCCCUACCCAUCUUGUAGUCUUCUAGUUAGCUGGCUGUAAACUGCUAGAGGAACAUAUCCCUGAUCAGACGAGGAAAAUCACAUUUUCGAAUACUUUCUGACUGAUGAUGAAGUUAAGCAUUGGGUUAUUUUUUGGUGGUCUUUUUGGCGCUCUUGGAAUUUUAGUCCUUUUGGUAGCAUUUGGAUCAGACUACUGGCUUCUUGCUAAAGAAGUGGACAAAUGCUCAGGAAAUCAAGGGGUUGAGGGGUCUGAUCCAGCCCUUUUGCACCACGAGGGAUUCUUUUGGAGAUGUUGGUUUACCAUGGAUGUAGGACCAGAUAACAACAGCAUGGCAGCUUUUUGGAUCACCAAUCAAGCUCCAACAAAGAACUGCACUCAUGCUUACCUGUCUCCAUUCCCAAGGAGUAGAGAUAACAGUAAUUCUACAGCGUACCACUCGGCAGUAGUAUAUCGUGGAUUUUGGAAUAUAUUUAUGCUCCUUGGUAUAGUGACUGUUGUUGCAGGAGGUUUCUUCAUCAUAUGUGCGGCUCCUUUCACAAAUCACAGGCUUUAUAAAGCUGGAGGAGGUCUUUUUAUUACUUCUGGUAUAUUUUUCACCUUUGUUGUUAUCAUGCACGUCAUCUGGGUACAAAGUGUAUCAGAUGUGAAGGGUUACCAGGAUAUGAGACAAGAGGAUUGCCCAGGCUACACAGUGGACAUUCGCUAUGGGUGGUCCUUUAUGUUGGCUCCAUUCGGAAUCUUUUUCUCACUUUUAGCAGGAAUGCUCUUUCUCUUAGUAGGACAUACCAUUUUCUUACACAUAAAAUAACAUUAAUUAAAUCAGCUUAAAGGCUUCAUCCUGAAAAUGUUUCAUAAUGUCUUGUAUGAUAAUGGACACAGCAGUUAGUGUGUUACUACUUUACUUCCUUAUGCGUUGUACUUUAUUUCUGGAUUGACAAUGUUUUUUUUCUGUAUCCAAGCUGCAGCAUGUCAUAUAAAUAACUUUGUUUAUUAUGUUACUGUAAGACCAAAUGGUAGAGAAGUUAGUAAUCAGAAGCUGUAUUAUAUCUGUUAUAUUUUCUGUAAUUUCUGAAAUGUGUUUAAUAGAUUAUUGAGUAAAGACUGAGGGUGUAAUUUCAUCUGCUUAUGUGCUGCUUGUUCUCAUCCUAAGGAUCACAUAAACAUACUUCUUGGUGCCUAAAAUAGAGUACAGUUGUUCAUUUGGUUUCAGUGCCAGCAAGUGUGAUUCACAUGUACAGUAUAGUGUUUCUCUGACAGAAAGUUAGAAGCAGUUUUGUUUUUUGUGUUAGGUGAUAUUCAAAAACAUUAAUGAAAAAGCAGUAUUUAUUUUCUUAAUCAUUGAAGGACACAGUAGAUCUUUCACCUUUUGGAUUUGUUGCCACUUACAGGAAGAUUGGACACAGGCAAACAAGAAAACUGUAGGCCAGCUCAGGAUAACCUCUUCUACUACCAGCAUACCUCAGUUGUUUCUAGUGUACUAGGAGGAUAGAUGCCUUUUCUUCAGCUCUGCUGUGUAAAAAAUAUACCUAUAUCUGCAUAUUUUUUCUCAUUCUUCAACAUUUUGUCACAACCCCCAAUACUAUGUGCAGCUGCAAAAACCUAUGAUCUAUGAUUGAUUGAUAAGCAUAUUUUGAUUCAUUGUUUGUGAGUUGACAUUUGUCAUUUUUUUAAGUAAAUGCACGACACCCACUACACUUA